UACCGACGAUGUUCGCUUUCGGUCGUUAUGUCUUACUCCUAUGCGGUUUGCUCUCCAGAGCUAUAAACCCUAGGCCCUCCUACGUAGGUAGUAUGAUCGCUAGCGAUUGAGAUUUCUUGAAUCUGUGGUAGCAGUUAUUCUUUGUUCUUUCCAUUUCUAUCUUUUGUAUUCCACUCCCUUAAUUUUUAAUUCCUUCUUAAGCAUCACAUCCGUAGCCAUGCGCUCUACACUAUCCCAGACGCUGUUCCAAGCAGGCCGGUCAUGGCAACCAAGCACAGCACUCCGGCUACUCACACGACUAUCAUAUUCCACAAGUACCCCUACUCAUGGCGCACAUCACAUCCAAACACGAAUGCCCCCAAAGGAGACAAUCAAGAACGGACAUCGAUUCAAGGAAUUCGACCUGAAUGACCGCGUCUAUGCCAUAACCGGCGGUGGAAGAGGACUCGGUCUGGCCAUGGCCGAAGCCCUAAUGGAAGCCGGCGCCAAAGUAUACUGCCUCGACCGUCUCGAAAACCCCCACCCAGACUUCAUGGCCGCAAAAGAGCAUGCAGAAACCAACUACGGCGGCAGCCUAGAAUAUUACCGAAUUGACGUCCGCGACGACGCAGAGGUAAACAACGUGUUUGCUGAAAUCGCCGGCCAGAACAAGCGUCUGGACGGCCUGAUCGCCGCCGCGGGAAUCAACCACCUCCAGAGUGCCCUGGAGCACUCCCAGACUGCCAUGAACGAAGUCAUGCAAAUCAACUACAAUGGAGUCUUCAACUCCGCCACCGCCGCCGCCCGCCAGAUGUUCAACUACCAGCAGAAGGGCUCCAUCCUGCUCAUCGCGAGCAUGAGCGGCCUCAUCGCCAACAAGGGGAUGACUUCCCCGGUCUAUAACUCGUCCAAAGCGGCGGUCAUCCAGCUCGCCCGCUCUCUGGCUAUGGAAUGGGGCCGGCACGGCAUCCGCGUGAACAGUCUUUGUCCCGGCCAUAUCAUUACCCCCAUGGUCGAGCAAGUGUUCCAGCAGAACCCGGCUUCUCGGGCCGUCUGGGAGGCGGAGAAUAUGCUCGGGAGACUGGCGUAUCCUGAGGAGUUCAGGGGUGCGGCCCUCUUUGCUCUCAGUGAUGCUAGUAGCUUUAUGACGGGGAGCACGAUGCUCAUCGAUGGUGGCCACACCGCGUGGUAAAUUCUGUGUAUAUUGGUUUGCACAGGGAAAAAGGGUAUAUACAUAGGUGGUUAACAAAAGUUGGC